UUUAUAAUUGACUGUACCAGUAUGCUGGAACUUCGACUCUGCAAAUGCUCUCUCUACGACUACAUCUGUAGCUUCGACUCUGCAAAUACACACUCUCUUUCUACACGUGUAUAUAUAUAUAGUUCAGAAGCAGCUGUUGAAGUCUUUUUCAGUGAUUGUUAUGUCAAUCUUAGUGUCGAUCAAUGUUUUCUCUCCGAUCUUUGCUUUGAUUCCAUGUCGUCAAAGACUUGACCUAAUGUGAAAUCUUGAAGAUUGGGUCUCCGCAGCCGUCCGAUUCCCAUAACUCAAAGAGGAGUUUGGUUUUCCGUUGGCCCCUAAUAACCCUAGAGAAAUGCCUCAAUUUCUUGACAUACUGCGAUGUAUUCUUUGCUGCAAUGACGAAGAUGAUGAAGAAACUAGAAAUAGGAAUACAUACUGUGAGUUGGAUAGACCAGUAAUAACCCAAUCACAUGCACAGACAGAUUAUGACACAUUUCGAAGCCGCUUUCCUCCAACUUAUCACUGCAGCACUUCCUCGAAAUCACCACCUCCAACAUCGUCUUCAACUUCUUCUGGGACACAUUCAUCUUCCUCGAAACCACCUCCACCUACCAAUAAGCCGACUUUGACUAAGGCUUCACCUAAUCUGACAAAUCAGCAGACAAAGACCAAUUACGUUCGGGUUGAUAAGGGUGCAUCGCCGAUUUACGUGAUUCCUGAGGAUAUAAAAAGUUUGAUUGAGAAAGAUAUUGUGCCUGGAGUUCUCAGGAAGCCUUUGUCUGCAUCGACAUACAAGGAUUACUUUGAGGCUCUACUUUAUGCUGAGGACUACUACCAUGAGAAAUGGGACGGAUUCGAGAUGGAGAAUGUGACUCUGAAACUGCAUGCAGCAGCAAUUUAUGCUAAGAAAGGCAAAUACAAAGACUUGAAUAAGUUGGAUGAAAAAGAUGAUAAGAUCUUUGUAGCAUUUGAGAUUGACUCCAUUCCUGAGAGGCGGCCAUUCCUUUUAUCUAGGGACUUUGCCUCUGUAAGGCCUUCAGGCCGAAAUGUCGAGCCAUUUCAGGGUAUUAUCUAUCGUGUGGUGAAGAGUAAUCUUGUAUUAGUUGAAUUUGGAGAAGAUUUUCAUUCUCAGCAUUACUCAGCCUGCAAAUAUACUGUCAAAUUCUCCUUCAAUAGAGUUUGUUUAAAACGGGCUCACCAAGCAAUUGCAGCUUCAUCGGAUCCUUUGUUCCUGAACUUCCUCUUCCCUGAUGUACCUAGAAACAGUCUCACUGCCUUUCAAGUUCUUCCCAUCAAUCACAAACUUGAUGCGGAGAAAGUCUCUGCUGUUCGUCAGAUUUUAGGCCUCAAGAGUCCCCCACCUUAUCUCGUGGAGGGCUCGCCCUCUGUAACUGGAAUGGUUGUUAAAGAAGCUGUAGUCCAAAUUUAUAGGAGCUCCCCGUCUUGUCGGAUUCUUAUAUGUGCGCCUAUAAAUCGGACAUGUGAUGUGCUCAUGAGAGGCUUGAAGAAGGAGAUUCCAGAGUCAGAAUUGUUCAGAGCCAAUGCUGCAUUUCGGGAGUUGGAUGAGGUGCCUCCUGACAUCCUCACCUCCUGUCCCCUUAAAGGGGAGUGUUUUUCUUGUCCGUCGCUUCAGGAGCUCCAGAAAUUCAAGGUGAUUCUAUCCACUUUCAUGAGUAGCUUUCGGCUGCACAAUGAAGGCAUAAUGGCUGGUCAUUUUAGUCAUAUUUUUCUGGUGGAUGCCUCGUCUGCCACCGAACCAGAGACUAUGGUGGUUCUAGCUAAUCUGGCAAAUGAGAAGACUGCUGUAGUAAUAACCGGUGCACCAUGGAGGCAUUCAAGCUGGGUCCGCUCAAAGAUUGCGAGGGAGAAUGGAUUGAUGACUUCAUACUUUGAGAGGCUCUGCGAGAGCAAGCUGUACGAAAGUCUCAAUCCCAAGUUUAUAACACGACUGCAAGACUGAGGCAGAAUUUCUGUCAUUUUAGUUUCUCGAGUUCUUGCUAGCUAGCUAGCUACUCCAUGAACAAAAGAUGUGGUGCUGGUAUAUCCUUCAAUGAAUCUCUAACUUAUUGUGUUUCUUGUGUAAUGUGUGUGUAUAUAUAUGCAUAGAGCUGAACUGACUUGAGUUCUGUACAGUGGAUUUCUGAUUUGCUCCAUUCCAUAUUAUAUUUUGUGUUUAAAUAUAAUAUUAUGCGCCUUAAUUCUGUCU